UCUGAAGUACUCGCUCAUCAGCCUUUUUGUCUUUUUCCCGGGCAGGGCGUCCUGGUCGCAGGACUCGGGACCUUCGCUAUGGUCCAAGAGCAAUUCCAGGGCAGAGAAGAGGUGUAUGUGGUUCGAAGACCCGUCUUCCGACUGGAGCUUGAUGUGUUAUGCCUGCAGGAGCUCGCGUUCCCCACAGUGGUUAUCCCCGGCAAUGUCAAGAUCAAGCCGCUGAACUACAAGCGGCUGUCGCGAGCCACCUCCUUCCCACGGCACGUGGUGAAGGACUGCGUGCAAGAGACCAUCCUCUUGUACUCUUCCCAACUGAAGAACGGGCAGCGCCUCUCCUUCGCCUUCAAGGACAUUGGUGUCCUGUCCUGCAAAGACGACCUCCUGUGCAUGCGGUUCUAUUCUGACUGCGUCACAGGGCUGGAGAGCAAGGCCAGCCGGAUUGCGCUGCUUCGCACUAGGCUGUGGAGGCCAGGGGCAGCUGUCUCCGGUGGAGCGACCGCCGCCGCUCAGGAGAUGCAGGCUGCUGCUGCCCACGCGUUCCCGAGGUUUCAGCUCCUGGUGAUCAGCAGAUCGGCGUCCAAGGCUUUCUCCACCUGGCACAAGAAGGUUGCAGAAAAGCACAGGGUCAGAAGAGGUACAGAGGGAAGCCAGGUGCCUGACAAGCUGCUGCAGAGGCGGGUGAAGUAUUCCCUCCCCGCGCUGCCAAACCAGGGGCCGGGCACCAGGCAGCAAGACACGGAGAAGAAGCCUUCUGCCAGUCUGCUCCCACCAUGUCCAGGCAGCUCCCCCAGGACGAAGGAGGCAAGCAGGCAGGAGCCAGCUCCUCCAGCCAGGCCCACCGCUGCGCUCCCGUCUUCUGAAGGCUGCAAGAGAGCGCUGCAGGAGGUCUGGCAGCUGUCUGCAGAGUGGGAGCGAGUGAAGACCCGGUGGGAAGAGCGGCGACAGCAAGCAAAGGCAGAAUGGGCGGCGUGGGAGGCCUGGUCUGCAGGGGAGGACCGACAACCGCCCCAGGUACGGGGCAGCGAUUGACACCGCUGAGAGCAGCAGCGGCCCUCUCCGUCGGGGCGGCAGGUCUCCAGGGGGGUGGGAGCGGGACUGACACCCGGCCGCAGGGCAGGGGUUUGCCCGCUCAUCCCCGUGAGGGAGAGGUUGGCAGCAGGACCCGAGGGGCAAAAGCAGCCGUCAGCCGCGAUGACGGGCACGCUGGUGCUGAGCCUCCCGGCUCCCAGGUCCCGCUGCAGGCUCCUUUUGAGAGGUCCUCUGGGAAACGGCACCUCUCUUUGCCGUCUGGUUUGCUGAGAGCGUCUCCUCCUCGGCAG